GAUCGAGCUAUUUACAAAUUAUAUUCGCAAAAAUUUAUAGGUGAAAUCUCGAGGUACGGUCUUGGCUACUCGAGGCGUAUAACCUCAAAAAUAUUUUUCUCAGUUUAUAUCACCGUGAAAAAUUACAGUGAAUACGCGUGAUCGAUGAAAUGAUGAAAAACAACAGUGACUUAAUUAGGGUGAAGGAAGAGCCUAACGAUACGUGGCAAGAUGCCGGUGGCAAUCACGUUUUCGAUUUGAUGGACUCUUGCAAAGCUGAAAGCGUUGAGAUAUUGCCUUUUCAUGAAUUAUCGGCAAAGAACGCGAACGAUGCUGAGGCGUUAGAGGAGAGGUUAGGUAAAAACAUAAUUACAGAUUUUGAGUGCAAAAAUGUUAAACUCGAGCGGUCAUCUCUAUCGACCAAAAUCUGCAAAUCUGAGUAUCAAAGUAGUCAACCUUGUGUGAAAAAGGAAAACGAAAAUCCGACUAAUUACAUGAAUGAAAAAAGUUUAACAAUAUUGAUUGAAAAAGGGUUUAAUUAUAGAGAUAAUUGUCAAAUGAAUGUGAAUUCUUGUAUAGUACUUGCCGAAUAUGGAAAACAGAAAGAUUUUGGAAAAACCGUUGAAAAAAAAUCAUCUGAUUUACCCAUAUGUCGAAAAACUCAUACAGCAAGAGCAAGUCUAAAAAAGCAUAUGGGUACGACACUUGAACAAAGAGGGCUGUAUAAAUGUGAAAUUUGUAACGAAUCAUUUUCCCGCAGUAAUGAUCUCAAAAUUCAUUUAGGAUCGGUACACAAUCACAACAAACGCUUGAAAUGUAACGUUUUUCACAAUUCAUUUAGUCGCAAGCAUGAUCUUGAAAUUCAUCAACAUACAGUACAUACUUGUAAAAAAUCCCUCGAAUGCAAUGUUCGUUACAACUCAUUGUCAUUCAAGGGUGAUCUCAAUAAGCAUAUAAAUGUAUUACACAAUAGAAACAAACUCUUUGAAUGUGAAAUUUGCCACAAUUCGAUUUCACAAAAAUUUUACCUCCAACGUUACGUGAAUACAGUAGUACAUGAUCGCAGCAAACCCUUUGAUUGUGAUAUUUGUCACAAAUCAUUUUCAUUUAAGAGUACACUCAACAGACACAUAAAAUCAGUACAUGAUCGCAGCAAACCCUUUGAGUGUGACAUUUGUCACAAAUCAUUUGGACGAAAAGAAAAUCUUAAAGCUCAUAUUAGUACAGUACACGAUCGUAGCAAACCCUUUGAGUGUGAUAUUUGUCACAAAUCAUUUUCAUGUAAGGGUAAUCUCAACAGACACAUAAAAUUAGUACAUGACCGCAGCAAACCCUUUGAGUGUGACAUUUGUCAUGAAUCGUUUGGACAAAUAGGAUCACUUGAUAGACACAUAAAAUCAGUACAUGAUUGCAGCAAUUGUAACCCUUAGAGUGUGACAUUUGUUACAAAUCAUUUGGAUUUCAGAGUAAAUUCAAAAGGCACGUCAAUGCAAAACAUGAUUGUAAAAAACUCAUUGUGAAAUGAGUAUUACAUUUAUCACAAAUCAUUUGGAAUAGUAACCUCAAUAAACACAUAAAGGCAGUACAUAAGGGUAGAUAAUUAAAAAAAUGAGAUUAUUCUCGAGACA